AUGCCAUCUCCCUCUUCUCGGGCCCUGAGCCCUAGUCGCCCAAGUCUCAAGCCCGUGGUCGCGGUGCCAGCAAGAGCCCUCGUAGCCGCCGCGCUGCUUCUGCUUGUGCUGCAGGUGCACGUCGACCCGACGUUUCUGGCAGCAUGUGCGUACACCGUACCGAACCGACCCAGGCAUUCCGGCGGCGCGGCUGCUGCUACCCGAGCCGGGCGUGGGAGGCUCGUGCGCUCGCCGCUACACUCGUCGAAGUCGGCGGCUGUUGUGACAACUGGCCUAGUCGGUACUACAACCGUCGCUAAACUCGCCGUGAAGACUCCCGCGGCGGCGGGCGGCUGUUCGGCGUCGUCGAUCGCCGGAUACACGUCAUCCGUCGCACUCUCCGGAUCCGA